GUUUCAGCUUUGCUCACUUCUCAAGGGAUGAAAGUUGUUUUGAUGUGGAUCUGAAUUCAACUUGCCCUGACUUUAAAGGUCAGUCUUGUGAGGAGGAAGGAUUUGCACCUUUAAGGGCUCUGAGCCAAAUUCUCCACACAAGGCGGUCCAACUGGAAUGCACUUCCACUCAUGCACAAUAACAUCGAGUGACAACAAAUCUGACGUCCUGGGGAAAGCGGUACUUGUUAUCACAUCCCUGAGAGCUGCAGCAAGCAGGCAACAUGAAGCCCAAAUCUCUUCCGUCGAGGUUGUUUGACAGGAAUCCAGCAGGAGCAGAGACUCUGAACGUACAAGCGGCGAAAUAUCAGCGCCAUGUGGACUGUGCAGAUCACCAAGAGAGUGUGUAUCACUCUAGUGACAGUGACGACCAUCCAGCUGCAGAGAACAGCAGACAAAAUGAGAAGUCCCACCGAGAAAUUCAUCUUGCAUUUGUGUCAGAGAGGUAUGAGCCACUGAUUGAUGACGAGGCACAAGCCAAGGCUACAGAAGAGAAGAAGAAAAGAAAAGAAAUGUACAAGAAAGUAAAGAAGACUCAGCCUCAGGUUGUCCAUGAGCUCCAGGAUCUGUUCCAGGGUGAGCUGAGCCAGUUGACUGCUGGAACUGUAAAGACUGAGGACGGAGACACAACUACUGUUCAACAGCAUGUUGUCGUGAUUGGACGCCAAGUGUUUGAGGAUGCUGGUGGUGAACUGGUCCUCAGGGUGACAGGGACGACUCAGGACCAUCUUCAACAUCUCCUCACUGGACCUGGGACACAGACAGAGACGUUAACGGGGACCCAGGAGUCUCUAACACAAGUCUUCAGGUGUGUUCGGUCAUACUUCUCUCUGCGGAGCAGCAGACAGGACCAGGCCUCCAGGUGUUCUAGGAAAAAAAGGAGUCAGAGGACUGAUCAGACUGGAGGACAGGGACCCUCUCCUGGACACCGCUCACCUUUAUAUUUAAAGGUGCUGCAGGAUGGGGAUGAUGCCUCCAAGGUUUUAUUGCACAUACUUACAGUAGGCCAACAAGCGUAGAUGUCGACAAAUCAAGUAGUUUGGAGCGAACUUAACUUCACCGUCUCCACCGCGACAUCUCGCUCUGCUGGCCGCUGUGUGUGUGUGUGUGUGUGUGUGUGUGUGUGUGUGUGUGCGUGUAAAAGCAGCAGAGGCUGCAGCCUGAUGAUAAACAGUCCUGGGCCCGUUUAAUACCCCGUUUCGGUACCAUCAUUAAAAACAUUACUUUUCUUAUUCAUCGCGUCUCAAGAUAAAUCAGAUUAGUCGCUUGAUACAUAACGUUAUAGGACCCACUAGUCUUGAUAGCAAUAUUGAUAAGCUCGGACAUUAUUGAUUUUCGGGUUUUAAGAAAUGUUGGAACCGGGUCUCGAUCCCCAUCCCUACUUAGUUAAAUAAGUUCACGAACUAGCCCUGAGUCGUCACCGAGAUUCUGGUCGGGCCUUUAAACUAAUGCACUUACUGUUUGUACCAAACUCCAUUUAAUUUAGAGAACACACUCAUACUCUGGCAUUGGACGAUGUUAACAAUGAAUCAGUGGGAUGGAUAAUGACAUUGAUAGGCUACGUAAUUAACAAGCUGGCAUGCGGUGCACAUGCUUCCGUGAAAAAGGAUCAUGGGUGAAAAUAUCCAGAAAAAUUACGAGUUCUGUGUCUUUUCUGCAACUUUAUAAAACAUAACCUACUGCUGAUGGAGAAACUCAGGGGAGCAGACAGAGAGAGAGAGCCGGAGAAAGCCGGUGUGUUUGCAGUGAGAGACCAGAGGUAAAGGUGUGAGUGAGUGAGUGCAGGGAGAAGCAGGUACAUUUAGAAAUAAUAAAAUUAAUGUCAGUGGGGAUUAAAACAUGGUUUCGCAGGGUGUAAAAUGUGAAACUAUACCCCAAAGCUAAAUAAGUCUACAUACAGUAAUGAGCAUACUUAUUGGUUGUGGAGCAGUGGAUAAGACGCAUGCCUUUGGUGUCAGACCUGCGUUCAAUUUCAACUGUGACACAUCAAUGUGUCCCUAAGACACUUAACUCCUAGUUGUUCCAGAGGUGUGCUACCUUUAACAUAUAUAUAGCAAUUGUAAGUCGCUUUGGAUAAAAACACAAGUUAAAUGACUAAAUGUAUUUAUUAUAUAAGAGGAAUAUACCUGGUUGACUUUACUGGACCCUCUGCCCUUUCAGCGCUAAGGUCUGCUGACUUUGCUUGGUGUGUAUGAGGCAGAUGUUGCAGUAUUAUAUUAAACUAAGUUAAACUAAAGCUUAAGAAGCAGAGAUUUUAAAAAAACAGUAACGUUGCAGCGUAUCAAUAACAAUCUUUAAUAAUUUAGCUCUGGGGCUCAUUUAAUACUUAUCCCUAAAAGAAACAUAAGACCACCACCUAUAGCAAUGUUUUUUUUAACUGAGACAAGACUGAAUUUUACAUUUUUUUUUCAUUUGGUAGGAACAACAUACAAACAUUAACAAAGCAAAAUUAAUAAGUAAAAUAAGAUUACGGUAAGGGUCAUUAAAACAUUAAAACACAGCCACAUAGCAACCUUAGCGUUAGCCCUGUGGUGUGUUUACAGCUAACAGCUGAUCCGGGUCCGCCAGAGAAUGCAUUGGAACUUUUCCUUUUUAUUUAACAACAGAGUCGUGCUGUUGUUUCACAGCUCUUGACUGGUGAACAACCUGGCAGUGUUUGAGAGCGAUGUGCUCAUGUUUGUUUCUCUCAGAAUCCACGCAGACACAGAAUCCGGACCUGAUGUGGCCCAUUCUGCGUCUAGACCUGCCAAACUGCUGCGUUUAUAUUAUGUGUUUAUGUCUAUGUUCCUCUCUGUGUAUUCUAGUUCUUUUAAGAACUUAGAGACUUUAUCCAGAUUAUUAUUAUUAUUAUUUUAAUUAAUUGGUUGAAUUUUAAUAAGAGUGCACUCUAUGACUACAUUGACAUUUGAAUGGUUUCUGUGGCUGAAAGUAGGCUAUGCAAAAGUCAUGGAAGAUGGUAAGAAGUCAGAGGUCAGAAUAGAAAGGAUUUCCUGAAUCAGCAUUCACACUAAUUAAACUUUAAUGUAAUGUUUCAGCCAAGACGUCCAGAAAAUGAAUGUUAUCUAUUUUAU